UUUCAUUCAUUCAUUCAUUCAUUCACUCAUUCAUUCAUCCUCACGGUCAGUGGGAGGGGCUUCUGCCUCCAUGCUGGACUCUGAUUGGUCCAUCAGUGGGCCCUCUUGGCCACGCCCACAGCUGAAGAACUUCUAUAUAAACUGGAGCUGGAUCAGGAGACCCCCAAAGAAGUCCAGAAGAUCCAGGUCCUCCACAUCCUGAAGACUUAAACCCUCCUGAGAUCCACCUGAGACCCGGUGAGUCCAACAACCAGAACCAGGUUCUGAUCAGGAGUCCAGAUUCUAGAGGAUCACCUGUUCAGUGAGAUGAAGACUCAGCAGACUCUUCAUGUGGUCACCCCGGUCCGGCAGAGCCCCGCCCUCUCCAAGGCUGCAGGGACCCCGGUCUACCUCAAACUGGACUCGUCUCAGCCCACCGGGUCCUUCAAGAUCAGGGGGAUCGGACACCUCUGCAGAACCGUGAGUGAUCCACAUCAGCUCUGAUUCUUCUCUUCGAUCAGCUGAUGAAUUCAGAUUCAACUUUAACUUCAGACUAAAAACUGCAGCUCAAAGUUCCUCACAGACACACACACACACACACACACACACACACACACACACACACACACACACACACACACACACACACACACACACACACACACACACACACACACACACACACACACACACACACACACACACACACACUCACACACACACAGAUACACACAGUGUGAGAAUUGAAGAUCUAUAGUUAGAGAGACACGAGCUGACACCGAGACAUUAGAGAGGACAGAGAGACAAACACUGGAGAUAAAAGAGAAAAAAUAAAAUAAAAUAUAAAAAAGAGUAAAAACCUGAUGGACUGAAACAAGAAGAUAAUCUGAAAUGAACAGAUGAGGAAGAGAUUUUUUUUCUAAUAUUAGAGUUUUAAGAUUUAUUUGGACUCUGAUACCGACCGUCAUUCAGAGAAAACUUAUUCUCAAAUUUGAAGAUCAGAUUCAGUGAUUCAGUUCUGACAGAAAGUUCUGAACUUUUUUUCUUCUGGUAAAACAAAAACUACAAAGUCCUUAAAAGGGGAAACAUGUAUGAUCCACUUCAUCUGAGGUUGGUGGAGGUGAUGUGGUCGGACAGCAGCAUGUCUGUUUAUCAGGAGGCUGUUGAACUAUCAGAACAUCACGGCUCUGUAGAAGAAGGGUCCAUGUGCUGAACUGGCCCCCCUGUAGUUCAUGUUUAUCAUAAAAUUAAAAUCUGACCCCAAACUGCUGAGUAAGAGCUCUUUAACAUAAAAAAGGGUAAAAGAAGUAAAAACCUCUAUGAUGGGAGUUAAAAAGAAAAUUAAUAAAAUGACAUAAAAUAAACAUGAAGAACUUUAAUGAAAAUGUCUGGAGCCUCUUCUGAAAAACAUCAUCACUGAUCCUGAGGUCUGUGAGUUUGGACCUGCUUCAGUCCAGCUGUGGGACCACCUGCUGACCAUCAUCAUUCAUUCUUCUUCUUCUUCUUCUUCUGUCCUCCUGUAGUGGGCUGAGCGAGGGUGCGAGCGCUUCGUCUGCUGUUCAGGUGAGCUCUGAUCAGACUCAGUCACACUCAGGUUUUUGUGUUUUCGAUAUUUUAUUACUCAGAGAGGAAACUUCAGAUAACGCUCGUGGAUACUCUAACACUCGUGGAUCCAACAGGUGGAAACGCCGGGAUGGCAGCAGCUUAUUCUGCCCGUCAGCUCGGAGUUCCUGCGACCAUCGUUGUUCCGAGUGUCACGCCGAACCCCACGGUGGAGAGGCUGAAGGACGAGGGGGCGUCUGUGAUCAUCCACGGCAAGGUCAGAGAGUGUGUGUGUGUGUGUGUGUGUGUGUGUGUGUGUGUGUUUCUGCAGCAUGAAGACUUUUAGACACUCAGGUUGGAGACUGAGGAACUCUGUCUUUACAGGCUCUGAAUGAAAGUAUCGCGUACGGAGAGCAGCUGGUGGAGAACAACCCCGGCUGGAUCUUCAUCUCCCCUUUUGAUGACCCUCUCAUCUGGUAAGACUUGUUCUGGACACUCCUGAAGAAACAUCGAGUGAUCCUCAUGUCAGCGAGAGAAACAGAUAAAAGAGAGAGAUGGAUAUAAAAGGACUGAUAGAGACACCUCCUUAUCAUGGAGCUGCAGUCACAGAGGCUGAGAAGACGGGACUGAGGAAUCAUGUCAACAUGAGAGAGAGAGAGAGAGAGGGAGGGAGAGAGGGAGAGGGAGAGAGAGAGAGAGAGAGAAAGAGAGAGAGAGAGAGAGAGAGAGAGAGAGAGAGAGAGAGAGAGAGAGAGAGAGAGAGAGAGAGAGAGAGAGAGAGGGAGAGAGAGGGAGAGAGAGACAGAGAGGGAUAGAGAGAGAGAGAGAGAGAGAGAGAGAGAGAGAGAGAGAGAGAGAGAGAGAGAGAGAGAGAAGGAGAGAGAGAGAGAGAGAGAGAGAGAGAGAGAGAGAGAGAGGGAGAGAGAGAGAGGGAGGGAGAGAGAGAGAGGGAGGGAGAGAGAGAGAGAGAGAGAGAGAG